AUGACGCCUCCGGACAGCUCUAAUUGUGAACCUGAUGACGACAUCACCGUUGAUUUUUCAAGACACGCCACAUCGACCACGCCACUUCAGUCAACAGACGAUUGUGACACCCCGCCGCAGAGUUCACAUUUCACCGCCUUGACUACACCACUUCAGUCAACAGACGAUUGUGACACCCCACCACGGAGUUCACAUUUCACCGUAUUGACCACGCCACUUCAGUCAACAGACGAUUGUGACACCCCGCCGCAGAGUUCACAUUUCACCGCCUUGACCACACCACUUCAGUCAACAGAUGAUUGUGACACCCCACCGCAGAGUUCACAUUUCACCACCUUGACCACACCACUUCAGUCAACAGAUGAUUGUGACACCCCACCGCAGAGUUCACAUUUCACCACCUUGACCACACCACUUCAGUCAACAGAUGAUUGUGACACCCCGCCGCAGAGUUCACAUUUCACCGCCUUGACCACGCCACUUCAGUCAACAGAUGAUUGUGACACCCCACCGCAGAGUUCACAUUUCACCACCUUGACCACACCACUUCAGUCAACAGAUGAUUGUGACACCCCACCGCAGAGUUCACAUUUCACCACCUUGACCACGCCACUUCAGUCAACAGAUGAUUGUGACACCCCGCCGCAGAGUUCACAUUUCACCACCUUGACCACGCCACUUCAGUCAACAGAUGAUUGUGACACCCCACCGCAGAGUUCACAUUUCACCACCUUGACCACGCCACUUCAGUCAACAGACGAUUGUGACACCCCGCCACAGAGUUCACAUUUUACUCUCCCCUUUAUGGCAGAACAUUCUGAUGUAACACUUUACGCACAGCCACAUCAGAAAGAUCAAGUCCUACCAGGUAUGCCGUUUGAAACUAUCAACCUACAGCAGAACACUGUUGCGCCAGUAAACUUGGAAGAUAAUGUCAUUAACUACAUAGCAGGCUGGCUUGCCAAAAAAUCCAUUGAUAAAUAUGCUUGCAGUAAUUGCAUUUCCACUUUAACUAAAUCUAGAGAUGAAAUUAUUUUAGAUUAA